CGAGUUGCGAACUUUGUUAAAAAACAGCUAAAAAAACUGUUUUUUACUAAAUAAGACUCAUUUAAAGUAAACUAUUUACUUUUACUAAUUUUAUUUCAACCAAUUUUGAAAUGAGUGCAGAUAGGUAUACAAAUUAUUAGGUAAUGAGGUUUCCAAAAUGAAUUGUGAUCAAGCAGUAUUGGAAGCUUCUCUUUCGCUUCUCUCUGUUGAAUCUCGUAAUUUACUAUCUUCCUUACUGAAUACUAAAAAAGUGUUAACGCAUGUAGGACCAGAUGGGAUAACCAGGCAAAGAGAUUGGAGAGGGCUAGCAUCAUUAGCAAAUAUAACAAAUGAACUGAAAUUGAGCAUCGACACACAAUGCAAGGACAAAGUUGGCAAGGUUUUGGAGCUAUGGAUAGACAUGAACGAUGGGACAGCCACUGUCCAGAAUUUACUCAAACACUUGGAACUUAUUGAUAGAUUUGACGUACAAGAUGACCUUAAGACUUUAGCUAUUGAAGAUAAAUUAUUAGAUGAUGUAGAAAGUGAUAUCAUCACAGUAGAAGAUAAAACGUUUGGGGCGCCACAGCAAUACCAUGCAUAUGUCCUGUAUGCUCAAGAGGACAGAGAAUUCUUUGAGAAGUUGCGAAAAAAUGUGACAGAUGAAGGUUUUAGUGUAUGUUCAGAAGACAAUCUCCUUCCAGGCUAUGCUUCGCGGUACCAGCCAUUAAGUCGGCUUAUGCUGUUGAGGUGCAGACAUAUAAUACUUAUCUAUUCUCCAGACUUCUUAAGAACUCCGGCCCUCAAAUUCUUUAUGAAUCUGGCACAGGCUGAUGGAAUUACAAAUAGGAAAAAUCUCAAGUUAAUUCCUGUGAUGUUCAGAGAAUGUGUAUUGCCGGAACAUUUGAGGUUCUACCAUAACCUCCGUUAUACAUAUCCAGAAGAUAAGGCGCCUUUUAACUUCUGGAAGAAGCUUAACGAUACUUUGGGACCUGUAGAUCUUAAUUCAGACCAAACACAAAUUACUACUGCAUCUUCAGAAGUGAUCUCAGAACUGACAAACGAAACGAAUGGGUUCACACCAGUAAAACAAUUGCAUCCGAACGGAAUCAAUAUGAAUACUCUUACACUACCCAGCAUUCCCAACGAAUCCGUCUCACUCGGUGAUCUCCGAAUAGACAUGAAACCGGAGGUGACAUCCCUGAGUCAUUCCAGCUUGGGAGGCAGAAAAAAGAAGUUGAAAAGUAUAAAAAACUUUUUCUUUACGCCGUUAAAACCGUUCAGGAGAUCAAAAGCAGAGAAGCAAAAGGAAAUUGUUGUUGAUAACUGAUAUACUCUAAUUCGCUAAGGGUUCCUCAAAUACUUGAUAGUGGUUUAUGUUUAAGAUUGGUGGCAGUGUCAUAGUAGCUUACAUUAGGGUGUGUCGGGUUAUUUUAACAUAUAGGUUACACAAUCUUAGAUUGGAUGGCUUAGAAAUUGUUUGUGUGACUCGUCACAACAUUUGUUUACAAAUACAUCACAUAAUUAUGAUUGUUCACAUACAGUACUGUAAGUACACUCGUGAAAUUUCACAGUCACAAUCAUGCCCAGAGAUCUAGACGCACCUCUAUGUCAUUGUAUAACUAGACUAUGUUUAUAUGGAUAAAGAAAACGAAUUCAAAAUGUGUGCCUGCAUUUAAGAUUUGUUUAAUUUUUAUAAUAAUACAAUAAUAAUAUUUAGUUAAAUAAACUAAGUGCUUGAUGUCUUGUGUGUUGCCUAACGAAUGUUUGACAACUCGAAAAUUGUGGUAGUCAUAUAGUACUAAGUAUGUUAAUGUUGAAAAAACGCAAGUAAAAUGUAGGUAUAAAAUUAUAUAGGUAUGUAAUGUGUAUGUUUACUAGUAAGCCCUCAAUUAAAAGAUCCAUACUGCGUUAUAGAUGUUAUGUUCCUGUAUGACAUGUAAAGGCGCAGCGCAGACGACAGACAAUCCGUGACGCACUUUUUAGU